AUGAAAGCUUUCGAAGAAGAACGUGAAAAACUAGAGAGCAAUAACAAGAAGUUACAACGAGAAGUAGUAAAAUUGAAACAAUUUAUGGAAAUGAAUAUGGUAGAACGCAGUCAAGUGGAACAGUAUAAACGGGAGAUUGAAGAAAGAGCACGACUGGACAUAGUACAAAAAUUACACGAAGUCAACCUGUUUUUACAGGCACAAGCAGCAGCUCAAGAAAACUUGGACCAGUUAAGAGAAAAUGCUCAUGCUUCAACGAGAAGUCAAAUGGAACUUAGAAUUAAAGAUCUGGAAUCUCAGGUCUCUACAAUGAAGACGUCUCAAGAUUCUACUAAAACAGAGUUGGAAACCUACAGGCAACUCUACCUAGAAGAAUUAAAAGUUAGAAAGUCCUUGAGAAAUGAGCUGAACACGACUAAUGAGAGACUGUCAGAGAGCAAUACAAAACUUCUUGAGGAGAGACAGCAGCAUCAAACUUCACUCAGGACUCUUACUAUGAGCCUAGGCCUGGAAACACCUUAUUGUGGACAUUUUGAAAAUAAUUCAGUGCUCAAUGGAAACCUUACUCCAGGAAGAAACUUAGUGAUUCCUACCUUAAACCCACGGCCGUCAUAUGCCUACUGGGAGACUUCCUUGUGGAAGGUUAGUUAUAUUAUCUGUUUUACUUUGGGUUUCAGAUAUCUGAUAUAAUUGUUGCUUUUA